CAAAAAUGGCAGGAGGAAGCAGCAACUACUGGGAAGAUUUGCGAAAGCAGGCCAGGCAGCUGGAGAAUGAGCUGGACCUGAAACUGGUGUCCUUCAGUAAACUGUGUACCAGCUACAGCAGCUCCAGAGAUGGCCGUCGAGGAGACAGUAACUCGGAUACUACUCCCCUCCUCAACAACUCGACACAGGAUAGAAUGUUUGAGACCAUGUCUGUGGAGAUUGAACAGCUGCUGGCCAAACUCACGGGUGUGAACGACAAGAUGGCGGAGUACACCAGCACCCCAGGUGUGACGUCCCUCAACGCAGCCCUGAUGCACACGCUCCAGAGACACAGAGACAUUCUGCAGGACUACACUCACGAAUUCCACAAAACCAAAGCCAACUUCCUUGCCAUCCGGGAGAGAGAAGAUUUGCUGGGGUCUGUCCGGAAAGACAUUGAGACAUACAAGAGUGGCUCAGGAGUAAACAACAGAAGAACGGAACUGUUUCUGAAGGAGCAUGACCACCUGAGAAACUCAGACCGGCUGAUGGAUGACACAAUAAGUAUUGCCAUGGCGACCAAGGAGAACAUGACAUCCCAGAGAGGGCUGUUGAAGUCCAUACACAGCAGGGUCAACACUCUGGCCAAUCGUUUCCCAGCCAUCAACAACCUCAUCCAGCGAAUCAACCUGCGGAAGAGGCGGGACUCCCUAAUCCUGGGCGGAGUCAUUGGCGUCUGCACCAUCCUCCUGCUGCUCUACGCCUUCCACUGAUGACGGACAGACCGGUCGAACAAUCGUUACUCUGCGUUUGKAACAUCGGAAUCAGAACUCUGGAGAAUGGGCUUGAGUGAUUGGAGGCUACUGAGCAGACGGACAGACAGACCGACACCCUCUUGGCCCAAUCGGUUAACAGGAUUGAUCAAAGCCAUCAUGGACUACCUGAUUUGUAUUUAGCAGUGAGGGAAGGAGGAGAAGGAGAUGGGGAGAUGGAGCAGCAUCUUUUUWGUUUAGUUUUUCUAUCCAAAGUGAAUGUGCUGUUCAACUCUGGUUAAGGGAACGGAGACCAAAUUUACUAAUAUGACUAGAUUUUAAAGAAUUAUAUAUAAAGAACACUUGCUUCAAUGAGGAGUUAAAGGCUCUGAAGACAGAUUGCGGAUACGAAAGAGGGGGACUGUUUUGCGGUUGAUUUCUGAGGUGGAUGGAUUUUUUGUUGAAUGGUCGUUUUUUAGUGGCGGCAGAUUCAGGAGGUUUAUCAUCAUCAUGGGCUGUACAAUGUGCAUUAUUAAUAAAUUAUUAAUAUACAGUAUGUGAUACUAGGCACUUAACAUUUUAGUUUUCAGUAUUUUUUUGAACUUCGACAUGUUUUGAGAAAUUGUAUUUUUCAUUGAAGGCCAUUGAUUCAACUCUAGUGCUGCAAAUACCAUUAUUCUGUUGUGCUGCAUGGAUGACUUCAUAAUGAUGACUUCAUAAUGAUGACUUCAUAAUCACUGUAGUACUUUAAACAAUGGCCCACAUACAGGUGUAUGGUUAAACCAGAACUCUGACUUCUUUCA